CUGCUUUAAUAUUAAUUUAUUCAUUUUAGUACUAAAACCAGAUGAUACAUUUGAAAUUUUAAUUGACCAACUGGUUGUCAGUAAAGGAAGUCUUCUUGAAGAUAUGGUUCCUCCAGUAAACCCUCACAAAGAAAUAGACGAUCCUAGUGAUAAGAAGCCUGAUGACUGGGAUGAGAGACCAAAAAUACCUGAUCCGAAUGCUGUCAAACCAGAUGACUGGGAUGAAGAUGAGCCUUCCAAAAUAGAAGAUCCUGAUGCUGUAAAGCCUGAGGGAUGGCUUGAUGAUGAAGCACAGUAUGUUCCAGACCCUAAUGCAAAAAAACCAAAGGACUGGGAUGAAGAUAUGGAUGGGGAGUGGGAAGCCCCUCAGAUCCCUAAUCCAAAGUGUGAGGCUGCACCUGGUUGUGGCCCGUGGGUGCGUCCCAUGAAGAAUAACCCAAACUAUAAAGGGAAAUGGAAAGCACCUUUGAUAGACAAUCCAAACUAUCAG